AUGUCUUCUCAUCAGUUGAAGCAGACGAGCACAACUGGCAUGCAGGAGAUUGGCAGCCCGACGAGUGAGGAGCUCGAUGAUGCCAAUCUGGCACGUAUGGGGAAGCGACCAGUUUUGAAGCGAAAUUUUGGGUUGAUGUCUAUGCUGGGCUUCAGCUGCACGAUUUUAAUCACAUGGGAAGGAAUUGUUGUUGGUGGUCCUGCGGGUGCAGUUUACGGUUUUCUCUUCGUUUGGAUUGGUGUCGCGUCGACUUUUGUGGUUCUAUCUGAACUGGCGUCCAUGGCUCCAACCUCCGGCGGACAAUAUCACUGGUGCUCGAUGCUUGCACCCCGGUCAUGCAUGAAGCUCAUAAGCUAUCUGACUGGUUGGCUUACUGUCAUCGGAUGGCAGGCCACAUACGCAACCUCGUGUUAUCUCUGUGGAACAUUAAUUCAAGGAUUAAUCACUCUCACACAGAAAGAUUACAAACCAGAGAGUUGGCACGCAACUCUGUUAUUCUGGGCUGUUGCUGUAUUCUCUGUUUCCAUUAACUGUGUUGGUGGAAAGUUGCUGCCUCGUUUUGAAGGCUUGAUUUUAUUUCUUCAUAUUCUCGGGUUCUUUGCUAUCCUCAUUCCUCUCACUUAUAUGGCCGAUCAUGGAGAUGCGAAGGAGGUUUUCACCACAUUCUUGAAUCGUGGUGAAUUUCCCUCACAAGGACUUUCUUUCUUCGUUGGCAUAGUGGGGUGUAUCUUUGCAUUUGCUGGUGGUGAUGCUGCAGUCCACAUGUCCGAGGAGAUCACCAACGCAUCGACUGCAGUUCCCACUUCUAUCAUGCUGAGUGUUUUGAUCAACGGCUCUCUUGGCUUCGGUAUGCUUCUUGCUAUGCUCUUCUGCACGGGUGACAUCGAAACGGCACUUGAAUCGCCAACCGGAUAUCCUUUUAUGUCGAUCUUCCUGCAGGCCACAGGCUCUGUUCCGGGAACUGCUGUUAUGGGCUCUAUCAUCACCACCAUGGGUAUCACCACCUCAGUCGGCAUGCUCGCCUCUGCAUCUCGGCAAUUCUGGUCUUUCGCUCGAGAUCGCGGUAUUCCAGGGUGGAGGGUUUGGAGUCAGGUCCACGGAGGCACUGCAGUUCCCAUCUACUCCGUGCUAUUUACGACCGUCGUUGCGUGCUUACUAGCCCUCAUUAAUAUUGGGUCUGCCGUCGCAUUCAAUGACUUAGUCGCGAUGUCUAUUUCCGGCCUCUACAUGUCUUAUAUGGUUGUCGCUGGCUUCCUACUUUACCGACGCUGCAACGGUGAUAUUGGCAAUGCACGAACCAGUGAUACCACUGUGGUUAACACUGUCGGUGCAAAGCUUGUUUGGGGCCCAUUCCAUAUUCCUGGCAUCUUUGGCAUUUUGAUCAAUGCUUUUGCUCUUAUUUAUAUGACCAUUGCUGUGUUCUUCAGCUUUUGGCCUCCCUCUUGGCAGGUCACUGUUAAAACUAUGAACUUCAGUGUGGUGGGCACCUUCGGUGUGGUUAUUAUCAGCUUGCUGUACUACUUUGUUCGCGCCAGGAAAGUAUACAAUGGUCCUGUUAUUGAGACUGACUAG